CUUUGCUCUUCUCUUCCCUCCUAAACGUGUUGUCCAGUGUUCGUAUGAGUGUACCAGAUGAAUUAUUGAGUUUCUCUUCGAGCCAGUAUUCAAACGUGAAACAAAGAGAAUCGUUCGGCAUCCAUCAAACUCCGUUUAUUUAAUUCAGUUAAAUGGACGAAUUAGCUGUCAAACUAUUCGAUAUUCAAGCCGUUAAAUUCGGUUCUUUCACAUUGAAAAGUGGACAAGUAUCUCCCAUAUAUUUUGAUUUUCGGCUGAUUAUUUCCUACCCAGCUAUAUUGGAAAAAGUUGCAGGAUUGCUGUGGAAGAAAUGUUCAAACAAUGCAACAGUUGAUCUCAUUUGUGGUGUUCCAUACACCGCUUUACCAAUAGCAACUCUGAUCUCUGUUACCAACAGAGUGCCAAUGCUUCUUAGACGAAAAGAAGCCAAAGAGUAUGGCACAAAGAAACUCAUAGAAGGAGAUUUCAGACCAGGAAUGAAUUGCAUUAUUGUCGAAGAUGUUGUCACAACAGGAACCAGUGUCCUAGAAACAGCCAUUGAACUGAGAAAGCUUGGCAUUCAAGUUACCCAUGCAAUUGUACUGCUAGAUCGCAGACAGGGUGGGAAGGAAAACCUUUCAAAACAUGGAAUUGAAUUGAGUCCAGUUUUUCAUGUGGAAGAGAUCAUGGCAUCAUUGGAAAAGCAAAGUAAGGUGGACCAUAAGGUGGCAGAAGAAGUUAUGAAUUUCAUCAGAGGCAAUCGUCAACCUAUACUUAAUCGGAAUCCUCGCCUGCAUGUCUCGCUCGAAGAACGCCGCUCGAGUUGUAAGCAUCCAGUAGCAUCGCGGUUGUUCGAUUUGAUGAUGGCAAAAAAAUCAAAUCUCUGUGUUGCUGCGGACCUUCCAAGCUUGGACGAAGUUAUCACGUUGGCAGAAUCUAUCGGCCCAAAGAUUGUUGUCCUCAAGAUUCAUGUGGACAUCUUAGAGGAUUUCUCUUUAACAAAAAUAAUGCAACUAAAAGAGGUGGCAAGAGCACAUGAGUUCCUUAUAAUGGAAGAUAGAAAAUUUGCCGAUAUUGCCAACACGGUACAGCAGCAGUUUCACGGAGGCGUUUAUAGGAUCAGUGAAUGGGCUGAUCUAAUCACCGCUCAUCCACUUCCCGGACCGGAGAUGAUUACUCAUAUGUUCGGUGACUCGUCGUCAGAUAGCCGUCGGACAUGUGGCUGUGUACUCGUUCUUGAAAUGAGUACUAAGAAUGCACUUACUAAUGAAGAUUAUGCAAAAGAAGCCGCUAAAUGGGGUUUGAUUGCUUCGGAUGUAGUUACCGGAUUUGUCGGACAAUCUGCACCAAAUUCUGACUUCCCCGGCUGGGUUCAAUUUACCCCUGGCGUUAACUCCUCAUCUGCGUCUGGAGACUCGAAAGGCCAGCAGUAUUGCUCACCGACCAAAGCUAUUCUAGAGCGUGGCGCUGAUAUCAUUAUUGUCGGCAGGGGUCUCAUCAACAGCCAAGAUAUGGUAGCUACUGCGGAAACCUACCGCACCGAAGGUUGGGCCGCGCUUAUGCAACGAAUUACAAAUCCUUAGGUGAAACAAGUUCAUGAAUGACUUGGAUACAGUUUCUAAUGGAAACACCAAAUGUGAUUGCAGAAGGCGCUCAGAAGGGUUAAUCUGCUUAAAUACAAUCUUUUGUUGGUUUUCAA